AUGUUGCUGGUCCUGCUCCUCCCCCUGGUCCAGGCCCUGAUGCUGGUCCCUGAUGUCCCUCUGGGAGUAAACACCUCUCAGGAUGAGGCCAGUCACCUCCCAUCAGCAGAGGAGUUGAACCUGAGCCUGAACCUCAAUCAAAACCAGGACCAGGACCAAAGGAGUCCAGCUCAGUCUGAAGCUGCAGUCAUGGUUGAUGUGAAGCAGCGGAGCAGCGAGGGGUCUCCUCCGGACGGGGGAUGGGGCUGGGUGAUCGUGGGCUCCUGCUUCAUGGUGACGGUCUGCACACGAGCAGUGACCAGGUGCAUCUCCAUCUUCUUCACGGAGCUUCAGGCUCAUUUUGGAGCCGACUACUCAGAGACCGCGUGGAUCCACAGUCUGCUGGACUGCACCACCAUGCUCUUUGCUCCUGUCGGCAGUCUGAUCGGGACCCGGUGGUCCUGCCGGGGGACGGUGAUGUUGGGAGGACUCAUCUCGUCCUGUGGCCUCCUCCUCAGCUCCUUCACCAGCAGCCUGGAGCUGCUCUAUGUCUUCAUGGGCGUCCUCACAGGUCAACAUGUCCACACAUGUCCUCACAGGUCCUCACAGGUCCUCACAGGUCAACAUGUCUACACAGGUCCUCACAGGUCCUCACAUGUCAACAUGUCCACACAGGUCCUCACAUGUCAACAUGUCCACACAGGUCCUCACAUGUCCUCACAGGUCAUCACAGGUCUGGGUUUCGCUCUCUGUUACACGCCGGCCAUCGCCCUGGUGGGUUGUUACUUCCGGCGGAGGAGGGCCCUGGCGUACGGCGUGGCCGUGUCGGGCAGCGGGAUCGGGACGUUCGUGUUGGCCCCGGCGGUGCAGAGGUUGAUCCAGCGGUACACGUGGAGGGGGGCGCUGCUCGUCCUCAGCGCCUUCGUCGCCAACCUCUGCGUCUGUGGGGCGCUUCUUCGACCAAUCACACUGCGGGGGGAGGAGGCGGACUCAGAGGGGGAGGACAGACGUGGUCCCGUGUCCCCGCAGGACGCCCAACUCGCAGUGAAGCGCUCCCACCAAUCUGCAGGUGGAUGUUCAUCCUUAGGGGCGUCGCCCUCUCCUUCUUCUUCACCGUCGCUGCCCCUGCUGCCAGGAAACCCCGCCCCUCAGGUGGAGAGGAGGCGCUGCUUCAGCUCCUGGUCCAGUAGGGAGUACCGCUUCCUGCUGCUGCCGGACUUCCUGCUCCUGGCCGUGUCCUUCCUGUUCUUGGCCGGCGGCUGCAGCCUCCCCUUCGUCUUCCUGGUGCCCUGUGCUCUGCACGCCGGCGUCAGCCACCAGCACGCCGCCUUCCUCAUGUCCAUCCUUGGAGUCGUUGACAUCGUGGGGAACAUCACAUUCGGCUGGCUGACAGACCACAGGUGUUUGAAGCCGUACCGCCUCACCUGCUACAUCCUGUCCGUGGCGAUGGAGGGUCUCUGCUGCCUCCUCGUGCCGCUGCUCCGCUCGUUCCCGGUUCUCGUGCCCUUCGCGGUUCUCUACGGAUACUUCGAUGGCGCCUACGUGGCGCUGAUCCCUGUGGUGACGUCGGAUGUGGUGGGCGCUCAGCACCUGUCCUCGGCACUGGGUGUGGUCUAUUUCCUCCACGCCCUCCCAUAUCUCGUCAGCCCCCCCUUCGCAGGUUGGCUGGUGGACAUCACAGGAAGUUACACAGCCACGUUCCUCCUCAGUGGCUCCGCCCAGCUGGCGAGCGCGCUCAUCCUCUGUACGGCUGCCGGGAUUCGCUGCUGCCUCCACCACCCACCCGCCCACAAAGAAUAA